UCUAAUGUAUGCUUUGCGUGUGUGUGCGUGUUCCUAUGCGUGUGUGUCGUGUGAUCGCGUGAGAACGCUUGUGUGGAUGUGUGCAUGCAAGCAUAUCGAAUAUUACCAAUGAGAGCAAACAGUAGGCCACGCCUCCAUACACAACGAAAGUUACUAUUGACGCUACUAAACCACAUUUAGGUUCAUGAAUAUAUAUCUAUAUAGUUAACAAAAAAUACACCUCGCUUUUUAUAAUAAUAACUAUAUCAACAACAGAGCGGGGUUUUGUUGUUGGUUAUUUUAUUUUUAAUUGGGUGGUGGUACAACUACAGAUUUUGCCCGAAUUUCAGCUAAAAGGGAAAGAAAUUUAACAGUGGAUAUUAUUAUCUUGUAGUUAAUAUUUUCUAUUCAUUCAUAAUAUUUUUUUUCAUUUAUUUUUAUAAUUGUUUGGAUUUUUUUUUUUUUUCGUUUUUGGGGAUCUCAAAUUUAACCUGGAUCUUACUUCGUUGCCAUUUUAAGGAUAUUUUUUCAUUUUUUAAACCAAAGAAGAAAAGCAAAAACGAAACAAAACAAGAAAGAAACUACUAUAACUCCGCCGUGAAACUUAAGAAAUACACCUCAAGAUAUAUGUGUAUAUAUAUGUAUGCGUGCACAUAUAUAUUGUGCGUGUUUGUAUAUAUAUAAAUGAUUUAGAAAUGAUGGCUUUAAGUUGCUAACAAAGAUUAUUUAAAAACCAAUCAAUGACAGAAGCAAAAGUGACUAUUACUUGAAAAAGAAAUCUGUAUUAUUACAUAACAGCAGAGGAAUAUAACAAAUCACACGGAUAUUAAUUUAAACAAUAUCUAUAUAAAUAAAAACAAUAUGGAAUUUAGAAUUUCUACACAAAGACUAAUUACUAUAUUAGUCGCAAUUACGUGUCUUGGUGACUUAAAGUUCGCGAUAAGCACAAGUGAUAUUGAAUUCAAGUGUCCAGACAAAUGGUUCAACAUUGGAUAUAUGUGUUACCAUAUCGUUGAAAAGCAAAUGCCAUGGGACUUGGCUGAUGACUCAUGUAAAAGCCUCCAUUCCAAUUUGGUAACGAUAGAUGAUUACUGGACAAAUAUGGACAUAUCAGCAGCAGUCAAAAAAAAAGGACAUGAUGAAUAUUGGAUCGGAUUCAAUCGUUUAGGCGUCAUCCACUCAAAUGAAACGGCGUAUUGGGGAAAGGACUCUCCUAGCAAUACCCAGACUGGUUUCUGGAACAACUACCAACCAAAUGUGGAUAAAGGAAAAUGUAGUGCCGUUAGCCAAAGCGGGCAAAACUACAAGUGGUCGUUUACUAAAUGCGACCUAGCUAAGGUCUUCGUCUGUGAAAUGACAGCCUGUUCAAAAGAUACGUUUAGAUGCAACAAUGGACGGUGUAUAGGUAAACAAGGGCUCUGUGAUGGAACUGACAAUUGCUGGGACCUUACAGAUGAAGUCAGUUGUGACCAACAAUGUCAGUAUUAUGAAUCAGGAUUAAACGGAUUAAUUAAGACUAAAAACUUCCCGAAUGAUUACGACAAUGACACUUUCUGUAUGUGGAGAAUAGAAGCAGAUGUAGGCAAUUUCGUCAAGUUGACGUUUAACGAAUUUCUUACUGAAAAUUGUACAGAUGUUGUUGAAAUAUUCGUUGGAGGUGAUAGCGAAACAGAUUCCAUUCUGUUAGCUAAACUCUCAGGAAACAUGCCUACAAAUACUGAAUAUUUAAGCUACAACAACAAAAUGCUUCUCAAAUUCACAAGUGACUUCGAAAACACAAUGAAAGGGUUUUCUGCUAAUUGGAUUGCUGUUCCCACUGGCUACUCACACUCUAUGUUAACGGCCACUGAAAAUGAACAAAUACUCAGCUUCAAUGAUAAUAAGAAUCUUCUACAUAACACAUGGACAAUAACAACAAAACAUAGAAGAGAAAUAGUCAGCCUAAUAAAACAAGGCAUGGUACUUCACGACAAAGACGAAGUUAUUGUGUAUGACGGAGAUAGUGUCGAAUCUCCUAUUAUUGGUCAAUAUAAACUCACUGACUUUGGCACUGAUGGACCUGAUAUAAUCAUGUCGACUGGACCAAAACUUCACAUCCUUUUAAAAACACGGGGAAUUGACUCAAAAGUCAACGUAAAGUUUUUAUACAAACAAGGCUGCAACACCAUAACUAAUAAUGCUUUAUCUGGUGAAAUCGUAUCUCCUGGCUUUUAUGCAGGUAUAAACUUUCCUAACUCAGUUUCUUGUCAAUGGACCAUCGCUUCCGAAGCGUCAAGAGGUCUCAUCCUCAAAUUUAUAUAUAAGUCAGACGAUGACACAUUACUUGUGAAAUAUAAUAACGGCAGUCAAAUCGUGGAAGUAAAUGCAGUCAAUGUAGCAGAUAUAGAGGUACCUGAUGGACAGGUAAACGUCUCCUUCACUACCAACAGCAUCAAGAAUAAAAAAGGCUUUAAAGCUAAAUAUUCAGUGGAUUGUCCUGCCUUGCAUCUGAACCAGUUCACAACUGCUCAGCCACCCUUAAAUAUAUGGCAUCAAGAUUCUCAAGUAACCAUUAGCUGUGUUAAUGGCUAUGGGUUCCGGGAUGAAAAAUUUGUGGGAAAUAACUCUAUCUUGCUUGAGUGUCAAGAAGGUGGGAAAUGGAGUGUCCAAAAAAUCCCAAAAUGUUUGAAAAACUAUUGUGGACCAGCGAAAUACAUUAAGAAUGGUUUUGUUUUCAACGCUACUGGUGCAAUGGUUGGAGAUACAGUGACGUAUUCUUGUUACCCUGGUUAUGUUAUCAGUGAAAAUAAAACCAUUAUGUGUACUUCCAAUGGAACCUGGGAGACUUCACCGUCUUGCAUUUCAAGUGGUUGUAGCGAUCGGUCUAACAUCACCAAUGGUCAAGUCGUGAUUGAAAACGGCAAUGGAACCACAGUGGGAAGCGUAUUGAGAUAUAGCUGUGAUCCUGGCUAUCAUAUCGAAGGAAAUCCACUUCAGUUGUGCUUGAAAUCAACAUUUUGGACCGACGAAGAACCAACUUGCAACAAAUUUAAUUGCACGAUUAUAGGCCUCUCUGAUAAAAUACCAGAAGUAAACAUUACACAGAUCGAAGAUGUACCAUACAAUGAGACUAUCAACAUUAGUUGUAAUGAAGGAUAUAACCUAACAGGACCUUAUACAAUUCGGUGUACUGAAAAUCAAACUUUUAGUUUAUCGUCGUGUCAAGAUAUAAAUGAAUGUAACAGUCACCAUAAAUGUGAGCAAAUCUGUAUAAACACACCAGGAAGCUAUAAAUGCCAAUGUGCGAAAGGCUACACUCUAAAGGCUGACAACAGCUCAUGUGAAGACAUUGAUGAAUGCCAAAAAAGCAAUGGUAACUGCCAACACUCCUGCACAAAUGUAAACGGAAGCUACACUUGUAAUUGCGAUGACGGUUAUGUUCUUUAUAAGGAAAACAAUACAAUGAGUUAUGCCAUACCGGCUGCUGAAGAUGGCACACAAUUUGGUGAUGUUUUUUACUUGAACCAUUCUUGUGUCCGGGUCAUGUGUUCGAAUCUUCUUCCACUUGUAAAUGGUUUCAUACAACCUCAAAGGAAGAUCAGCCGUUAUGGAGACAUCUUUCAUUAUUCGUGUAAGAUAGGUUAUCAGCUUGUUGGAGAAAAGACUUCUGUGUGCCAGUAUAAUGGUAGUUGGUCACAGACUCAACCAAGAUGUGAAGAAAUGAAAUGCCAACUUGACCUGCUACAUACUUUUGUGAACAAACCGACUCUAUUGACGAAUGAGAGCAUUCCCUACCUCGGUUAUCUGAACUUCUCUUGUACAAUUCUUGGUAAAGGCACUGAAUAUCGACAACGCCAAUGCUUAUAUGAUCCAGCUACAAAAACAACGAAGUUACUUGGAGAUUCAUAUGAAUGUGGAUUUAUCGACUGCGGUCCACCAAUGCCUAUUGGUGGUUCCAACAUCACUACCCUCAAGGAUACCACUUAUGGGUCCGAGUUUGAAAUGGCGUGUAGCGAUAUGUACACUCUAAAAGGAAACAGCAGCCAAGGUAACAACAUCGUGCGUUGUGAAUCAGAUGGCAAGUGGGAUUAUGGUGACCUACGAUGUCUAGGAGUGAUGUGUGAGGAUCCCUUUUUCCCAGUAAAUGGAGAUGUCACGGUGAACACCUAUGCCCUAGGAGGUAAUGCAUCAUACAAAUGCAAUGAAGAUGGCUAUCAGCCAUUUCCAAACUCCAUUCGAACUUGUGUGGCAAAUAACAGCAAAAACGGACUGAUAUGGUCAGGAGAAAUCCCAAAAUGUCUUGAUGUUAAAAAGCCAAUUUUGGUUGCUGGUACGUGUACUGACUCAGUAACUGUCAAACUGUACAGUUUGUUCAAUCUGACACAGCCCGAAUUCACAGAUAACUCUGGCAAAGUUCGCAUCACAGUUCAGCCAGACUACAUCAGCCAAAAUUUUGUCAUCAACAAUAACUUCACAGUAGAAUACACAGCAACUGAUGAUGCUGGAAACAAUGAGACAUGCUCAACUUCUGUUAUCGUCGAAGAUUACAUCCCUUUCGAAAUCUCUUGUACUAAAAACAAACUGGUCGUCAUUGAAAAUAGCAGCGAUUCAAAAUACUUAAUUUUCAAUGAAGAGUCUAUAGAAAUUACUGACGGCGGCAAAAACAAAAGUUACACGUGCAUGUUCACACGCAUUCGUAAAUAUUUUCAUAUACACAUACAUGCACACGCACAUACAUACGCACAGGCGCACACGCGCUUACACAGUCACGCAAGCGUGCAUACAAGUACAUACGUAUACAUAUAUAUACACACACACACACUCGUAUAUAUGUAUGUAUGUAUGUAUAUUAACUGUAUUUUUAUUUUUGCAGCAAAACCUUGUUCAGAGUUUUCAGCUCCUAAUGUUGAAUUUGCAACAAGAACCUGUAAAACCACAAACCAAUCCGUUGAAUGUACAUACACAUGUAUAAGUGGGUAUGUAUUUCCUGUCCAAAAUCUAGUUCCUAGUUUCACAAUAUCGUGUACACCCAGUUCCAGUUGGCAAGGAAAACUGAAUAGCAGUGCAUGUGCUGUCAUAAGCGAGAGAGCGCAAUACAGGGGAGAUAUUGUCUUCAUUUUUGAACCUGAGAAUAAAAAUGUUAACAUCACACAGACGUGUAUUGAUCAAUACCGCAAAUCUACAUUACAGAAACUCAAAGACCAAAGUCAAAAGUUAUGUGCUUUGGUUGCAGGAGGACCAAAGCCUGAACUUAUGGAAAAUACAUUUAUCGCAAAUCUUGAAAGAUCACAGAUCGUGAUGUCUGCUACUUUGAGAAUAAGCAAUACUACAAACUUAGCCGAUGACAAGCAGCAAACAUGUCUCAACAACUUUAUAAAGUACGCUAACGAAAAGGAAAUCGCAUAUAGUGUAGCGAUUAAUAUUUCUAACAGUGCUGUUUGUGGAGAUGCACAACGGAAGGGAUUAAACAUAACCAUAUAUUCCUAUUGCCAUGAAGGGAAAAUUCCGAUCGACGUAGGAAGUAAAAACACCCAUUGCAUUAAAUGUCCUCCUGGUUCUUAUUCUACUAAAAUUAAUGGUGUCACUGAAUGCAAACCCUGUCCAGUUGGAGAGUAUAAGGAUACUGCUGGGAACCAAACUUGUACCCCUUGCCCGGCAAAUAAAUCAACAUACUCAGAAGGAAGUAUACAUGUAAACGAUUGUAAAGAUAUAUGCACCAGCGGUAGCAUUGCAAGUACAAAAUUACCACCGUGUACUCUCUGUCCAAUGAAUUCAUACUACCUGAACGCAACCUAUUGUGAAUCAUGCCCACCUUUAACCAAAAACAGAAACUAUGGCUCUCUUUCAUCAACCAGCUGCGAAUCGCAGUGUAGUAAAGGUCAUUAUUCCUACGAUGGCUUUGAACCUUGUAUCGAGUGUCCUCUAGGUUACUAUACCAACUUCACAAUGCAAACAACGUGUUUGGAAUGUCCAGAUGGAACUACUACCUUGAUUACUGGAGCAACAAAUGCAUCUACCUGUAUUUCUGUCGAAACAAACAUAUGCAAUACCAAUCCUUGUGCUAAUAAUGGAACAUGCGUACCAAAUGGACACUCAUACAACUGUAAUUGUACUAAUGAAUUCACUGGAGGAAAGUGUGGGAAAAUGGUAGACCUAUGUACACCUAACCCGUGUUACUACAACGGUACCUGUACUAUGAAAGGUUCAGCAUUUGAAUGUAACUGCCCUGCAGGAACCAAUGGAACACAGUGUGAAAUUAUCCAGAAAACUUGUACAUCUGGCUUAUGCUUAAACAACGGAAUAUGUAUCAACAAGUUGAAUUCGAAUGAAUGUCAUUGUCCAAGUGGAUUCUCUGGCGACCAUUGUGAUACCCGUGUUUUGCCGUGUAGCGCAAACCCUUGCCAAAAUGCUUCUAGUUGCGAGGAUCUUGGUAAUGAACGCGCUAAAUGCAACUGUCUACCCGGGUUUACAGGGGAGAAAUGUGAAAGCAAUAUUGACGAUUGUGCAAGCUCUCCAUGUCUUUUUAACGGAAAUUGCACUGAUUUAGUUGGUGGUUUUGAGUGUCAGUGCCCAAGCGGGUUGUCUGGAAAAACAUGCAGCGUCAGAGAGAAUCCGUGCAAUGUAUCAAAGUGUCACGGAAACGUUUGUAUUGUUAACGAAGAAGCAAUGGACAGCAUAUGCAGUUGUCACGAAGAUUAUACAUACGCCGAGGUCUGUCAGCUCUCCUAUGAAUCCAGUACAAGGAACGAGGUUUCAAAUUCUUAUAAAACAGUAGCUGCUGCAUCCUCAAAGGAUUGUACUAGCGCAUGUCUCAACGACAGUCAAUGCCAGUCAGUAACAUUUGACAACGACACAAAAAACUGCUACUUUUUCAAUGGUAAAGUCAACACCAGUAACGAUGCUUGCUGUGAAACAUUCACCAAACAUUGCCAAAAUCCAACAGAGAAUUAUUGGAGUCCGUGGUUUACUGUAAACGGAUCUAGAAUACCAGAAGAUGCAGUAAAGACUUUGCGUGAUGUUGGCGUCGAUGUUUGCAAUGGAAAGGUUCCUUUGCUGACUCAGUGCCGAUCACGUGUUGACAGAGCUCCCUUUCUUUGGCAACAGCAAUUUGGGAUGUCGUUUAACCUGAGUGAUGCUUGCAUAAUAAAUAAUAAAAGCUGUAAUCCAAGUUGCCCACCGUAUCAGCUACGUUUCCAGUGUCACGUCAACAAAGUAAUGGACCAAAGACAAUGUUUUAACAAGACAACAUGCGAUGGAAUACAGUGCUACAAUGGUGGCACGUGCAACUCAAAUAUGUGCACAUGCACCAAUGGUUACAGUGGAGAGUUCUGCCAAAAGAUUGAUGAUAACUGCGAGCCAAACCCUUGUGAAGGUGGCACUUGCACAAACCUUAUUAAUGAUUAUCAGUGUAAUUGUUUCUCAGGAUACGAAGGCAAGAAUUGCACAAAUAUAAAUGACUGUGUCAAUGCAACAUGCAAUGCAACAGGUACAAUGCAAUGCAAGGAUCUCGUAGAAGAUUACGAAUGUAUCUGUAAGCCAGGCUAUAAAGGGGAAAUGUGCAAUAACAACAUAGAUGACUGUGCCAGUAAUCCUUGUUUGCACGGUGCCAACUGUACGGAUUUAGAAAAUGACUUUAGCUGCAACUGUUCCGCUGCUUGGACUGGCAAGCGUUGUGAAAACAUAGACAGCAUGUGCCAACCUAGUACGUGUUCAAAUAAUGCCCAGUGCAUUGAUAUUUUCCAAGAUUUCUAUUGCAGUUAUAAUAUAUUUCUAUCAACUUUUAUAGGUUUUGCUGGAGUAGGCUGUGAACUUUCAGUCGAUUAUUGUAAAAAUUCAGUUUGCAAAAAUGGUGGAAAGUGCACUAUUAAAGGAAAUAGCUAUGACUGUAAAUGUCCUACAGGGUUUUCUGGUAAAAACUGUGAGACAAAUGACAAAAGUUGCAAGCAAAAUGUAUACUGUCAAACCAGUAAGGCAAUUAAGAAGUGUUCAACAUCCAAUAACAGAGUCAUUCCUUUAGAUUAUGAUUUGUGGUUUUAUCUUCCGGAUAAACGUGGAAUUGCAGUCCUGAAUAAACCAUUACUGCCUGAGGGCACGGGCUUCUCCAUGAGUCUCUGGAUAAACUUCGACCGUGCUGGAGACACUGGAACAAUUAUGAACGUCUUUAUGUUGAAGUCAGAAAAAGAUGGUACAGAAAAAAAGGAAAUACUGUUUCGCUUAAGCAAUGCAGGAAUGUCCUACAUCGCCGAAAAUGGGAGCAUGACGACCAUAGAGUUUUCUAGAAUCAAUGAUGCUAAAUGGCACCUGGUCACUUUGGUUAUAUCCUCAGCAAACAACGAAGUGGAUCUGAGAGUUGAUAACUUUCAGGUGGCAUCUUCUAAUCAACCAAUUCGAAGUCCAUUUAACCAAACAUUACUCGUUAUACUUGGAUGUUAUUUUGAUACUAUUACCGACACAGCUGUAAUCAAUAAAGGAUUCCAUGGGUAUCUUAGUCAACUUUUUUUUUACAAUAAAUCACUCGAGAGUUCAGAUCUUGCAAAGCUGGCAUUUAACCCUAAAGAAAUUCUAAGCAGCCAAGUGUCUGGCUGGGGAAACGAAGGGGUUGUUCAAGGUGUCAGAAAGAGAGUUCCAUCAAUAGUUCCAUUAAGUUCAGGUCAAAAAACACCAGUAUCCCUGAAGAGUUGUCCUUCCACAGUACAUAACUACGGUUCUGAGAGUAGUAUACUGUUAAACUGGGACACUCCAGUGUUUUCUGAUUAUUUGGAGAUAAAGGAAAACUACAGACCAGAUUCAAACUGUUCUUCACCAGAAGCUCCACUGCAUGGAUCACAUCAAUGUAAUUACAAUAGUUGGCCUUACUAUUCUUGUACGAUGAGCUGUAACCCUGGACACGUUCCAAUAACAGAAUACCCAUAUCUAUACACAUGUGGUCCAUCAGGCAGCUGGAACCCUAAAGAACGUGCACAACCUUUCCAGUUCCCGUACUGUGGAGAAUCUGUGACACCACACACUGAUAUUUCUAUGAGAUUGUCUUACAAUAUUAGCUCAACUAACUGUCAAGCGGCAGAGACAGCCAUGAUGACGAAGCUCAAAGAAACCAUGAACAAAAUCUCUGCAGAAAACAAUGGCAUUCUUUGCGAACACUCGGACUGUCGAAAUGUCGACUGGGAUGUAAACUGUACUUUAGUGCCACCAGCAAGCCAAUUGUUGAAAUUUCACAUUAAAUUAAAAAAUGUUAGUGAACCUACUUCAGGAAAUGGGACUGCCGAAGAUAUCCUAAGAAAAGCCGUUAUUGACGAUUUGAAAUUCAACUACCCAAAAUAUGUUCUAGGAGCAACUGUAAUCCAAGAUUCUUUCGAAAUUGAAUCAGAAGAAAUCUGUGAUCCAAACCGAUCUUUUAUAAAUGAUGCGUGUGUUAUUUGUCCGUUGGGAACAUAUUUCAAUGCAAGCCAUAAAAUGUGUGAGAAAUGUCCAAUAGGAAGCUAUCAAGAUGAAAAAGCACAACUAUCUUGUAAACCGUGUCCAAAUUCUAAGACCACCAUUACUAAAGGAAGUAGGAAUGUCACAGCGUGUGAAGAUGCGUGUGAGAUGGGAUACUAUUUUGAUGUAAGAGCUAAAAACUGCACACCGUGUGAUGCUAACAGCUUUCAAAAUGAAACAGGUCAAUUUUUCUGUAAACCUUGUCCUUUCGGAAGGAGUACAAAAAAAGUAGGUUCAACGUCAGAAUCUGAAUGUUCCAUAACAUGUGCUGCUGGGUUUGAACGUACUACCAACUGCACGCCAUGUGACAUUGGCUACUAUCGAGAGCAGAAUAGUACUGUUAACACUUGUGUGAAAUGUAUGAACAACACCAUAACUCUUACUACCGGAAGUACAAGUGCAGAUCAAUGCAAUAUAACUGCCUGCAUCGCUGGUCAAUACUUGGAAGUAUCCAACAACACUUGUGUGCCUUGCCCAUAUGGCACAUACCAGAACAUGAGCUACCAAACCAGUUGUGUAAGCUGCCCUCCCAAUCAUCGCACUGAUGUGCUAGGAGCACAGGAUAUUAGCAAAUGCAAAUUCUUCUGUCCGUCGGGUUUUGACGCUAAGGGAAAUAAAUGCAGACCCUGCUACAUCGGAUCUUACAAAGACAACAACAUUGAUUUUUACGGUGGAUGUACAAACUGUCCACCCAACUAUACAACACGAGGCCCCAAUACAACAUCAAUCAAGGACUGCAACUUGUAUAAGUGUAAAUCUGGCGAACAGCCCAAUGCUAACCAAACUGGUUGUGAACUUUGUCCUCCAGGAACUUAUCAACCAGAGUGGAAUAAGGAAAGCUGCAUCCCAUGUAACACCAAUUACAGUACAAAGGCUUCAGAUUCUACAUAUCCAAAUUCCUGUAAAGAUAAACAAAUAUUACAUUUUUUUUUUUAAUGAAACUUGAGUGUG